UACCGCCACCUGGCCAACAGUGAAAAGUACCAGACUCCUCCACACCAGAGUUUUAAAGAUUUGGAGAGAAAAUACUGGAAGGAUCGCCUCUAUGGUUGCCCCAUUUAUGGUGCUGACAUCAGCGGCUCCUUGUUUGAUGAAAACACAAAGCAGUGGAACCUUGGGCGCCUGGGAACCAUUCUGGAUCUGUUGGAGCAGGAAUCUGGAGUUGUCAUCGAGGGAGUCAACACACCCUACCUGUACUUUGGCAUGUGGAAGACCAUGUUCGUGUGGCACACGGAGGACAUGGACCUCUACAGCAUCAACUACCUGCACUUUGGGGAGCCCAAAACUUGGUAUGUGGUGCCCCCAGAGCAUGGCCAGUGCUUGGAGCUCCUAGCCAGGGAGCUUUUCCCAGGCAGCUCCAGGGGCUGUGGGGCUUUCCUGAGGCACAAGGUGGCUCUCAUCUCACCCACAGUGCUCAGGGACAAUGGGAUCCCCUUCAGCUGUGUGACUCAGGAGGCUGGGGAGUUCAUGGUGAUGUUUCCCUAUGGCCAUCACGCUGGCUUCAACCAUGGCUUCAACUGUGCAGAGGCCAUCAAUUUUGCCACCCCUCGGUGGAUCGAUUAUGGUAAAGUGGCAUCUCAGUGCAGCUGUGGGGAGGUGAGGGUCAGCUUUUCCAUGGAUGCUUUUGUGCGCAUCCUUCAACCUGAGCGAUAUGAGCUGUGGAAACAGGGUCAAGACCGGGCGGUAAUGGACCACAGGAAACUCAUACCUCCCCAGAAGCAGGACCUGAUCUCUUGGAAGGAUGUCAGUGCAGCCAGGAGAGCUUCACUGGGCCUGAGGCACUUCAGGCUUAGACAGGCUCUGCAACCCCCUCUGACUGUGGCUUCUUGCAGUGAGACCUGCUGCAGCAGGAAUGUGCAUCAUGGUCAUCGUUGUUGUGCAUCUGGGCGACCACCUGCCAGAGAUGCUGCUGCCAGGUCCAGGGCCACAGCCUACAGCUCCCAAGAGCUCAGCCGAGGCCCACUGGCCUCCCAGCGUCCAUCUGUCCCAGAUACCCACCUGUCAGCUGGCCAUCCUUCCCGUCAACUAAGGGUUCAAGAGCCGAUCCACCAGGGUCCAGUCAAGAAGCGCAGGUUGGUGGUCACGGAGCACACAGCUCUGGAUUCAGAGCUUCAGUUCCAACCUGUGCAUGGAGCUUUGAUGGUCAACCCUGUACCUAAAAGCCCUGGACUUCAAUAUCUUGGUACAGCUUCUGAAUGUAGCUUAACCUCUGAUCCCUAA